CAGGAUGGUUGCACACAUGAAAUAGAAAAAGACACUUGGUCUUUCCACACAGGCAUCCCUUUUGUACCCUACAAGGGUGAGUUGGCUUGUGUAACCUGCCUAGCUGGCUUCUUAAUAGGAAGAAGCAAAGUUCCAUUUUGAAUAUAAAUGGGGAGGGGAGUCUCCCACUGAGAUGCCCCAAAGUCAGAUUUUGUGUUACUUGCUGCAUUGCUCUUAUGAGGAAUAGCUACCAGCAGCAGCAGCUCAGAAUUCUCUUUGUAAACUAUAAUAUUUUGUUUCCUCUUCUGUGGGCUACUUAGCUACAAAAAGGAAGAGUAAGAAGCUCCAGGAAAUCCUGGAAAGUACUUGGGCAUUCCCCAAGUAUUGUAAGAGAACGUCAGGCUUUCUGUAGACUUCGAAUAGGCUUCUCUAGAAGGGCCUUCUAUAGAGUUCUGGGAGUGCCGCAGUCACUUAUGGGGGGGGGCGUGCGGCUACAGAGGAGGGAUGUGUGUGAGGGGAAAUGGGGGGCCAUGCAGGGGAAGCAGCUGGAUUACCAUCCUAAUGCUGUGGCUUUUGUUUCCUGAUGUCCCAGGGCUUAGAAACCAAGAUGGCAGAGAUUCACAGCUGAGACUAGUCUUAGUGGGUAAGACUGGAGGAGGGAAAAGUGCCACAGGCAACAGCAUCCUCGGAGAGAAAGUGUUUCAUUCCAGCAUUGCGGCAACAUCUGCCACCAAGACCUGUAAGAAAGGGAAGAGCAGGUGGCAGGGAAGAAAAAUUGUGGUCGUGGAUACGCCUGGCAUUUUCGACAUCGAGGCACAGGAUGCUGACACCUGCAAGGAGAUUUCUCACUGCAUCUUCCUGACCUCCCCAGGGCCUCAUGCUCUGCUCCUGGUGGUCCCGCUGGGCCGGUACACGCAGGAAGAGCGAAAGGCCACGGAGAAGAUCCUGCAAAUGUUUGGACUCAGAGCUAGGAGAUACAUGAUUCUCUUAUUCACCCGGAAAGAUGACUUGGAUGGCAUCAAUUUCCAUGAUUACUUACAGAAAGCACCGAAAGGUAUCCUAGAGUUGGUGGGCAAGUUUGGUGAUCGCUACUGCAUGUUCAACAAUCAGGCGACAGGAGCUGAGCAGGAGGCCCAGAGAAAUCAGCUGCUUGCCCUGGUCCAGCGCAUUGUUGCCGAGAAUGAAGGAAGAUGCUACACUAAUAAGAUCUACAAAAUGUCUUUUACUCCUGGUAGUGACAUGGUGGACCCUCAGGACAACACUCUGAGGAUUAUUCUGGUGGGGAAAACUGGAAGUGGGAAGAGCACAACGGCCAACACCAUCCUGGGGAGUAGAGUCUUUGAGUCUAGAGUUGCUCCCCAUGCUGUCUUCUCCAGGUGUCAAAAAGCAUCUAAGGAAUGGAAGGGGAGGAAACUUGUUGUUGUUGACACCCCAGGGCUCUUUGACAACAAGGAGACCCUGUAUACCUCACGCGGGGAAUUCAGCCGGUGUGUCCUCUACUCCUGUCCAGGGCCCCACGCCAUCAUCUUGGUCCUCCAGGUGGGCCGCUACACAGAGGAAGAGCAGAAGACCGUGGCAUUGAUCAAGACUGUCUUUGGGAAGCCAGCGUUGAAGCCCAUGAUCGUGUUGCUCACUCGCAAAGAUAACUUGGAGGAGAAGAGCCUGAGUGACUUCUUGGCAGAUUCAGAUGUGAAGCUAAGAAACAUCAUCAGCGAGUGUGGGAACCGCUACUGUGCCUUCAACAACAGAGCCUCAGAGGCCGAGAAGGAAGCUCAAGUGCAGGAGCUGGUGGAGCUGAUAGAAGAGAUGGUGCGGAGCAACGGAGGGGCUUACUUUACCGAUGCCAUUUACAAGCAACCAACACCUGAGAGGUUGUCCACUGGUAGUGACAUGGAAGACCCUCAGGACAACACUCUGAGGAUUGUUUUGGUGGGGAAAACUGGAAGUGGGAAGAGCGCAACGGCCAACACCAUCCUGGGGAGUAGAGUCUUUGAGGCUAGAGUUGCUCCCAAUGCUGUCACUCCCAAGUGUCAAAAAUCAUCCAAGGAAUGGAAGGGGAGGAAACUUGUUGUUGUUGACACCCCAGGGCUCUUUGACACCAAGGAGACCCUGGAUACGACGUGCAGGGAAAUCAGCCGGUGUGUCCUCUACUCCUGCCCUGGGCCCCAUGCCAUCGUCUUGGUCCUCCAGCUGGGCCGCUACACGGAGGAAGAGCAGAAGACCGUGGCAUUGAUCAAGUAUGUCUUUGGGAAGCCAGCCUUGAGGCACAUGAUCAUGUUGUUCACUCGCAAAGAUAACUUGGAGGGGCAGAGCCUGAGUGACUUCUUAGCAGAUGCAGAUGUGAAGCUAAGAAACAUCAUCAGCGAGUGUGGGAACCGCUGCUGUGCCUUCAACAACAGAGCCUCAGAGGCUGAGAAGGAAUCUCAAGUGCAGGAGCUGGUGGAGCUGAUAGAGGAGAUGGUGCAGAGCAACGGAGGGGAUUACUUUACUGAUGCCAUUUACGAGGACACAGAGAAGAGGCUGAAGCAACAGGCAGAAGUCCUGAGGAAGAUCUACACUGAUCAAUUAAAUAAUGAAAUUAAACUAGUAGAAAAGGAAUAUGCUCAUAAAUCACAGGAAGAACGGGAGGAAAAAAUAAAAUGGUUAAAGAGGAUUUAUGAUGAACAAUUAAAAAAUAUCAGGGAAGAAGCUGAGAAGGGCAUAUUUGAACAUGUUUUAGAUGGGAUUAGGAGGGUGCUUUCACAAAUAUGGCAUAUGUUUUGGUAGUAAAGUCCAUUUCAUUUUUUCUUUUGAAUUUACGAUGAUUUGCAAUAGUGGUAGAUUGUAGUUUCCAUAGACAGCUGUGACAGUAGCUUCUACUUAUUCUUCCUAUAACCUGACCCUGUUACUCCUGCCACUGAGUUGCGGGGCCUGUGUCCUCUACCUUGGAACUGGGCAGAUCUGGGACCGUUUCAAUUAAUAGCAGAUGGUUGAAGCAACACCUUGUGACUCUAAGGUUACAUGUGGGCAAUGCUUCCUUGCCCUCUUGGGGUUCUUGCCCUUGGAACUUGACUGUCAUGUUGUGAGAAAGCCCAGGCUGCCUCUUGAGAGGCCCCCAUGCAGAGGGCUUGAAGUCACUGGCCCACUUCCCAGCUCACCUUUCAUUUGUGACUCACAAAACUUGCCCGCCAUGCAAAUGAGGCAACACAGAAGCAGGCCCUGCAGCUGCCCCGACAUCUCAGGCGAAGUUGCAGAAAGCAAAGAUGAUCCAUUCCCACUGAGUCCUGCCCAAAUGGCAGCUUUAUGAGAACAAAUAAAUGAUGGUUUUUGUUUUUAA